UGAAUUUUCCCAACUUGAAAGGAUAUGCGCAGACUAAAAACAGUUGGCUUUUCAUAUCCUUGCGAAGUAGUGUGACACAUAAAAAUACGGAGCGAAGCGAAAGCGAUGAAUUCUGAACGUAUUCGUACGCGUAAACGUUUAUUCGAAUCGGCUUGGCCUGGUGCGAAAUUCUGGAGAGGCUCAAGUACGACACCCCUUUCACCAUAUAUUUUAUAUCCUGCGAAAUUCGAUGAAGUCGAUGGACAAUCGGUUACACCCCUCACCAUGGCCGCCAUGAUGGGCAAUGUUACGUUCGUUAAAACGCUGCUCACUCAAUACGACAUCGAUUUGGAGCGCGAGUGCAAUGUGGUUUUCGAUGGCUUGCUUGUUUAUGGCGCCACUGCACUUUGGGUCGCUGCUGGGAUGGGCCACAUGCAGGUGGUGAAGUUGUUAGUGCAGCGCGGCGCCGAUGUCAAUCACAAUACAAAAGCGCAAUCGUCACCACUCCGUGCUGCAUGCUAUGAAGGACGCCUGGAUAUUGUGAAAUAUUUAAUUGAACAUGGCGCUGAUGUAAACUUGGCCAACACCUAUAAUAAUACGUCCAUAAUGAUUGCUGCCUAUAAGGGUCACGCCCAUGUUGUCGACACAUUGCUGAAGAACGGCGCCAAUCCAAAUGAGCAGGCGCUUUGUGGCGCCACAGCGCUACAUUACGCCGCUGAGUGUGGCCACUUUGAGGUUUGUCGAUUGCUGCUCGACCAUGGCGCUCGUAUGCAAAAGAAUGAACACGGACUCACGCCUGUUUUGCAAGCUGCCGAACGUACACAUGAAUCGGUGGUGGAAAUGUUUAUUUCACGCCCGGGACUGAUGACGAAAGAGGAGAUAAUAAAUGCAAUCGAGCUAAUGGGUGCCUCAUUUGCGAACGAUAAGGACAACUAUGAUGUCUCGAAAGCCUAUCAGCAUUUGAUGCGUGCCAUGGAAAUGCGUUACGCGGACGACCAAAAAGUGAUACGUAAGCGCGUAAUGGCACCAGUACCCGCCUAUGAUGAUUGGUUCGAAACGGAGAAUAUACCAGAACUGCAGGCCAUACGAUUAAAUCAUCACUCGAUACAUAUGGAAGCAUUAACGAUACGUGAACGCAUUUUGGGUAAACAUUAUCCAGACUUGCCGCAGCCAAUUGUCUAUCGGGGAGCUGUAAUGGCGGAUCAAGGUCGCUUUGCACAAUGCCAGGUUUUGUGGAAUUACGCUAUAGAUCUGCGUAUGAUCAACAAUGUUUCAGUUGAACGUGACUUGCUACGCUUUGCUCAACUGUUCUCACAGAUUUUACGCUUAGAGGAACAAACACUGGACCUUUCAAUUGUGCUGUCCGUGCUGGUAAAGUGCCAGCAAGAAAUCGAGAAUAACAAAUACAAGAUAGCACACCCUGGACCUAAGGAUGUGCCGCAAAUGUUGGCGGAUCAAAAUGAACAAAACGUCGUCACUGCCCUCUACCUCAUUAAAAUUAUAACGAAACUCUUGGCUCACACCAAUAUUGAUAUACAACGACCUCAAAUCGAGCAAUUAUACUCAACCAUAUUGAAAUUCAUCAAAUGUGAUACUCGCCUGGCGGAUGGACAAACUUUAUUACAUUUGGCUGUGAACGGCAUAACACCCGUUGAUGACUUCUAUACAAGUGAUAUAUGCCGCUUUCCUUGCUUCCGCACCGCCUUGUUAUUGGUUCAUGUUGGCGCCUCUGUAAUAGCUGUGGAUCGUGAUCGUAAUACGCCCCUCCAUACGCUUGUUGCAAGUAUACAAUUUCCACGCGACAAUCCACAUGUUUUUACGCAAGCUGAAAAGAUUGUAAAACUUUUUGUGGAUGCUGGUGCACAUUUGGAUGCCGUGAAUGCAAACGGCUUGACGCCAGCACAAGUUGGUAGCGCAAAUGGCAUUAGCAAUCUUAUACUUAGCUACCAGAAUUCGUUGACCUCGUUGAAAUGCAUAGCCUCACGCUGCAUCGCUUUUCACAAACUUAAAUAUCAAGGUCUUAUACCCAAAGCGUUGGAAGCCUUUAUACAAAUGCACAGCGCCGAGAAAUUUUGCGCGUAAACGAUUUUGCGGUUGUGGCUAAUUGUGCGACAGCGAUGUGAAGGAAGUAACAGUAGUAGCGGCUGGGCUGAGAAAACACUAUCAACUUCCUUUUUAUGUAUUCUAAUUUUGUACAUUUGAAGUCGAAUAUUUAUUUUAGAUUUAUAAAAUUAAGCGCUAGUUAGCUAAAAAAAAAAUUGGUCGCUUAUUUUUAGCCACAAUGGUUAGUAGAUAUAUAAUCAGCCUAGGGGAUCAUUAAAUUAAGUCAAUUUUAUUUUUGUUUCUGCAAAAUAUCUGAAAAUUAAAAUUGCUUGUGGCCAAUUAUGUUUAUAUGAAAAUAAGCUUUUUAGUUUCUGAAUAAUUUUGUUUAUAAUAUUGUAGCCAAAUAUUUUUGCCAAGUGUAUGAAUACUAUAAAAAAUGUGGACUGAAACUUUUAAUUGUAAAUACAUGAACAAAUCAUUUUACAAAAAUUAUAUCUAAAAUCAUCAAAUGAUACUAAUAAAGUCGUGUAAAGCUAAA